AUGAAGCUGUUCUCCAUCACGACCAUCUUGUGCGGCUUGUCCUCCUUGUCUGUUACCUUGGCCGCGAAGUCAUUCUCUGGGUCCAAUCUUUAUUAUGCAGCUGGCUUGACAGACAGCCAGUCAACCACUCUUCUUUCUGGCCUGCAGAGUGCCGGUGUGAAGGUGCUGCGAGUAUGGCUUGACGGCCAGUCGGGAACUGUGAAAGGAACCCCGAUCAACUCCUUCAACAGUCUUCAGGGGUCUGACCCCAAUGACUGGGAUGACACUGUACUGAACCGCCUGGAUACCUUUAUGGUCAAGGCGCACAGCUAUGGAAUCAAGCUUCUCAUAUCUAUCCACAGCUACAACGCUCUCGAGGCUGCGAAUGAUUUCUAUGGUCAAUGGUAUGGUACCGGUGAUUUCUACACCGAUAGUAAUGCGAUUGGAUACUUCAAGCAACGUAUUGCCCAUGUUCUUGCUCACGUCAACCCUGCCAAUGGUAAGACUUGGAGCAAAAGCUCUGAGUACAUUUUUGCGUUCGAGGCUCAGAACGAAGCCAUGCAUGAGCAGGAAAACCCAAGUGCUUUGACCUCCUGGCAAUGCACCAUGGCCCAAGCCAUCAAAGAUAACCUUGCCGGAAACACUGGUAUUUUGGUCACAACCGGAGGCGGAGCCUAUCUCUCCAACUCUCUCCUGGAUCCGUAUUUCUCUUGCAAAGCUCUUGAUGUACUGGCAAUUCAUGCUUAUGGUACCGGAGACUUUGCGACCAGCGCCCUACAGCCAUACGUUACCAAAGCCCAGAAUGCUGGUAAGAAACUCAUCAUGCAAGAGUGGGGUUCAUGCUACACCACUGCUUCCAACAAUAACUGCAAUGGCGGCAGCGCACUUAGCUCGAGCACUCGUGAUUCAAACAUCAGGAAUUGGGCUUCCUCGAUCACUGCUGCUGGUAUCCCUUGGUUCUAUUGGCAGAUCCUGCCGAAUGCCGACCCGCACCAGGGCUGGGAUUACGAGGUUGGCAUCAAUGAUGUUAACUGGGCGGCUUUGAAGGCUGCUGGUCUUGCUGCUGGAAAUGCGGAUGCUGCCUUUGAUUUCUCGGCCUACUUGCUGUGA